AUGUUAACACUGUCGGUGAUACUAUGCGAUUUGUUCGGUGCGAUUUGCCUGCUUCUGAACGUCUUCAUAAUCGUGACUUUAAUCCGGAAUCGACAUCGGAUGCUGACAAAUGUCUUUUAUGUGAUCGUAUUGCACUGCGCAUUGGUGGAUUUGAUUCGUGGAUUCUGCUUGAUUGCUUGGGGAAUGCCGUAUCUCCUCAUGAACAACAUGCCGACCAUGCACGAUCGUUUGCUGGCACUUAAGAUUUGCUAUGGAUUCAUCUUGAGGACCAUAAGACAAUUUCAUUCGGUUGAUGUUAAAGGAGGGCAAUUCAGAUCCGAUGAAAGUCAGCGUUUCUCAGCAUCUCAAUAUCGAACGAAAAAAAUGAAAGAAGCCGAGCGAAGUGAAUCCGUGAAUCGUCGAGACUCUACGCAAACCGCAAAAACUGAUCCAAAUAACAGAAGUUCCACGAAUCGACGAUGGCGGAAGCAUCUGAUGUCAAGGCACAAGUAUCUGAUUGUGAUCGGUUCGGUUCUCUUCGUUGAUAUUCUCUUCCUGUUCCCUUACUCAGGCAUUCAAAUGGUCGCUUUCCUUCACCUAAACAACGUCCUCACCACAUCGCAUCUUUCCACACUCAUCAGAUGGGGACUUCAGAUCUUAAUUGGUGUCCAUUCCGUAUGUCAACCGCUGUGUUAUUUUCGUAUGACCGAAUUUCGUCGACUUGCGUGUUGCCAGCAGAAAUUCCAACGUAGACAGUCUCGUUCAUGUAGUCAGCUGCAUAGGUCAGGCGCCUGUACAGUGCGUAACGGUAACCAUUCAUUCAAGUUGUUUUCUCUAUCAGGUGGUACGAAAGAAAUACUGAAAGAAGAAGACGAACUUGCCGUCACAAGAUCGAUGGGUGACUCUCCAAAGCCCGAUGAUCCUUUGAUAAGGCAAGGUAAAGGCAUGAAACGAAAAAUUGCCCUCCAAAAUAGUUUCGUCUCAUCGUUUAAGUUCAAAACGCUUGAUCCAAACGUAUGGCGAAGGUCGAAUUCGAUUAGAUUUCGAGCGUACAGUUCGAGUAGUGGUCAGGUGAGUUCAUCUUAUUACCAAUUCAUUCACAUUUCAACACUUUAA